CCAAAAUAACUACAUUUUGAUACCUCAAAUUUAAUUAAAUUACAACUUAGUCAUUAUAAUGUAUAUUCUACAUUUUGAUACCCCAAAUUUAAUUUUAAAUUAAAAUCAUUGAACAAUUAUGUUUUAGUAUCUAAACUUUAUGAGAUUUUCAUACCUACAAUUUUUAAAAUUUACAUAUUGGUCCAAUGUUUACAUUUCACUUGAAUCCAUAAAUCCAAUCCAGCGUAACAUAAAUUUAUAAAUUUAGUUUGUACCAUACAAGAUGUUGUAUCACUCAACUGUAGAAGAAGAUUCGACCAUUUUGGUCCUUGAUGAGAUUUUUACUUCAAAUAAACAUGUAUGAUAUCCAUUUGAAAUAAUAACGAUCAUUUUUAAAAGAGCAUUCUAUUCGGUGAUGUGACAACGUAUUUAGUAAAAUAUAAUAUGAGUACAUUAAGAUAUUGAUCUUACGAAGUUUUUGUAUGACAUUUUAAUAGAACAAUGUUUAAAAAAUCAACAGUAAUAAAAAUCAUAACACUUUAUGUAUUUCUUUCAUUGCCUUCUUCGUCCAACCAUAAUUAGUAAUUGAACCAUGAACCAUUAACGUUUUCAGCUCAAUGUCGAGUCCAAUUAAAAAUAAAGAUAUAUGACUAUUACUUAUUAGAAAGUCAUCAUUGUCCACUAUGGGAUUUGAAGGCUUGAAAUUUUUAGCGAGUUCCCGUUUGUAUUCAUUUUGCUUCUCUAUAUAGUUUUUCUUUUUCACCCGGGCUAGAUUUUCAACAAUUAUAUGUUUGACUAGGUACCUACACAUAUCAAAUAAAUAGUUUCCAUUUUUCUAAAAAAAGUAAAUAAUUAUCAUCUUAAAUACAUCACCAUUAAAGGAAUUAAGCCUCAACUAUGCAAAUUAUAGUUCGGUACAUAAACUUAAUAGAUCUUAGAUUUAUAGCCUAAAUUUAUUUUUUUAGCAUACAAGUCCUCAAAAAUCAAAAUAUUGAUGGAACAAUACAUUUUAGUACCUAAUUUUUUUUACUACAUUUUGGUACCUAAAAUUUUGAAGUUCUACAAAUAGUUAUAAUUUUUGUAUGUGUAAUUAAAACACCUUCGAAUAAAUGGGUAUCCCCACCCAACUCAUACACAUUUAGAUUAUGAAAGUAAAUAUCCAUACAAUGCCCAAUCUCAUCUACAGCUUCCAAACUCAUAUAUAAGUCACCCAUACCCUACCCAUAAUUAAUGGGUCUACUUGGGUUUAGGUAAAUAUAGUUUAUUAGCCCAAAAUUUCAAAAUAUUUGAAAUCGGAUGUUGGCUGUCAUAUAUAUUUUCUUAUUCAAUAUCAUAUUGUCAAUUCAAUAUUAUUAACAAAACUGCUAACAAAAAAUUAAUUUUAGGAUAAUAAUACUAACAAAACAACAUAACGGGUCACAUAAUACAUGCCGAUAGGCCAUCUCCUCUCGCGACAAGGCGCGACAUCGCCACCUAGUUAGAUAUGAUGAUUCCUUUCCCUCUCUCUGCCUCAUCACGGGCUUACCACAUCGACGGCGUUUGGGCAUGGCGAUUUCUCCAACGUAAGAGAUAACGAAACGACCGUCCCAAAACACACCCUUUAAUUCGGUCGAGGAUUCCGGCUGAAAGCGACGAGCCAGUACUUCAUGAGAAAUAUACAUUAUUGUUCCGUGGAUGUGCCCUAUAAAUGUAGCUAUAAUUAGCUAGCAAUAGCCACAAAACUCGAAACCCACAUCAAGAAAUAACCAACAAUGGCAGCCGUUAGUAGAAGCAGCAGGAUGUUGUCAUUCCUCAUCAUUUCGUUCCUACUCCUAGCCGGUGAGCUAUGUCAUAAUUACUCUUAUAUUCUCAACAUCUUUCAUGAGUUCGAUCUGUUGAUGACAAACUUGCUUCAUUAUGCCCAUGUACGUAUAUAUAUGCAUAUUCAAGUUAUAGGAAUCUCGAGCUCAAGGGAAUUCGAAGUCAAGGCUGGAAAUCAUGAAGAACAUGGCAAUGAACGUGAUGACUCUACUGCUACUACCACCGCCAUGAUGACGACGAAUGUAAAGAAUAAGGAGUGCAAUAGCAACAAGGAUUGCAGGGGCAAACACCCUCCUGAAUGUGGUGGCGAUGAAGAACUAUAUUGUUCAGAAGAAGGCUUUUGCAGCUGCUACGGCCGUCGAUGAUGAUGAUCUUCUUUCUCACCAUAUAUUUAUAUAGCUGCCUCGAUAUUGAUCAACUUGGAAGUGCUAGUUUUGUGAUAGUGAUGAUGAUCGAAUAAAAGAUCGUUGGGGUCAUGUAGCAGUUGCAGACGACUGUGGUGUCUUGUAUGUUACUAGUUUGAUGAUUAUGUACUUUUUUUGUUGUUGUUGGGAUGAUAAUUAUGUAUACUAGUAUUGAAAUAUUUGAGGCAGGCAGGCAGGCAGCAGUUUCAUAACUUUAUGGUCAGUAGUUGCUGUCCAUAAGACCAAUAGACCAUCAGAAGGAGAAGUACUGGCGAAGGGUGUAAGACAGGGUGGUUAAGAUUGAUAAAUGGAAUUAUUUAUAAUAAUUCGAGUUAUUGGGAUUUCGGUUGGCUUAUGACAUGAUAUUAGCGUUGGUAUAAUCAAGUGGUGAUUUGUUCGAAUUGUCAUGACUUCCAGUAGUAUAACGGUUGAUUUAAUCACAAUACAUGGUGGAUAUCUAGUAAACUUCAUGUUUGUGAGCUGGCUUUCAUUUGAGGGAGCAUGUAAGAGAGUGGUAUGAGAUCUAUAAUUAACCUUCUUUCAAUAACUCGAUUUAUUAAAUAUUAUUUGGUUUAUGACUAAGGAGGACUUGUAUUAGUAGUGAGAUUGUUGAUUUUCAAGCGUAAAAUCAUAGAUUCUGAUCCCAAAUCGAAUUACAUAUAGUCAAGGCGCUAAACAUUAGCUUAGUCUAUUGGCUAAUGUAUUAUAAAACUAAUAUAUGUUUGUUGCUAUCAUACUAUGCAUGUUGUUACAUGUUAAUUUACGUUCAUAGACCAUAAAGUGACACGUUUCUUUGUGCAAAUGGAUAAUAUGUCGGCUUACAUAUAUAAUAUCUUCUACCAGUGGCAUUUAUUGACUAGAGCUUUCAAAAAAUUUAUUAAGAUAUUUUCUUAUUACACCGUUCGACUGUAAAUUUAUUGGCAUCAAAUGAUGUACAAAGAAGACAUUAGAUGUAUGAAGACAUUAAAAGAAAAGUUUAGUGGUCUUGGAGUGGGAAGUGAAGUUACGUUGUAAAUGUAUAAAUUCAUAAAGAUGAAUUUUGAAUUAGAAUUUUUCAUUUUAAUAAUUUUAAGUUGGUAGCAAAUAGCCAUUUACUUAAAUAGUGAAUAGUCUAGGUUCGAAUAGAGUAGUGAGACCAUCUACAAUGGGUGUUAAAAAUUAGUGCCAAAUUUGGCACUCAAUAAAGUGCUUUUGCUUUAAUGGAGUAGAGCCAAAUGCCAAAGUGCUACAUUUGUGAUUUUUUUAUGUGUUAGUUUAUUGUACAUUUCAUUGCUUUAUUUAUAUAAUUUUUUAAUUGUUUUUAUAUAGUUAGUCAUAAUUAGUUAGAAAGAACUUUUUUAUAUGAUUUUUUAAAAAAAUUUGAUAUAUUUUUUCCGAUGAUAAAUAUGAUGUCAUCAAUGACGAAAAUACAGUGGUUGGUGGGAGUGACCACAUAUUUAUCACAUGUUCCUCCCUUGCCUUUUCGCGUGCCUCCCUCAACUCAACAAUUGCAUCAUGUCUUGUAUUACUUGCCGCCAUAUCCUCCAUAGUUUUUUGGAAAGCUUCCAUUGUAGAAUUUCCAUCUGCACCUCCUCUUUUGUUAUUCUUUUGCUUAUCUCUACCUUCGGGACGACAGAUCACAUAAGGAUGACCACUUGCUUGAACUCCAGAUGGCAUGGAUGAUGAAGAUCCAUCCAUUGGUGGAAUGUCUUGUACGUGGGCAUGGAAUUGUUCCAUGUAUUUUGGACACUUUUCGAGUAUUUCCCAACAUGAUGCGAAUUCGAAAUCUGUUUUGGUUUGAGCUCUGAAAAGAGCAUGAGCAUGAACUAGCUAGACAAGUAGUUCAAAAAAAAGUAAGUAAAUAUAAACUUGAUUAAAUAAAAAGUUUAGAACAAA